UCAUUGCAAACUAAACUUCACUAUGUCUUCAGAGCAAAAUAAGAAAGCAUUAAAUUUGCUUUUCCAAAAUCCCUUGGAACCGGUAUUUGCCGCACGUGAUGAUGGCAAAUCCAUACUAGACGUACCGGAUAGCUUCUAUACCGAGAACUACACCGAAGUAAAAGAAGACAUACAGAAUCGUUUCGGUGCGGAGGUCGAUGUGAAAAUACCCAUACGGGAAUUGAAGCAAAAGCCCAAUUUAGAGUUUGCCAAUGCGCUACGCAAACGCCAACAAUUCUCACUCUUCUAUCAACCACAUCGCCGUAUUGCCGGGCAGCUCAUUCAAUUGCUGAUUGAACCGCCCACCGAGGAGGAUUUCAUUUCGUUGGCCGCCUUUGUGAAAGAUCGCGUCAAUGCUUUCCUCUUUCAGUAUGCCUUUUCGGUGGCAGUACAGCAUCGCAAGGACACCGCUAACUUCCAGGUGCCGGUGAUUAGCGAACAAUUUCCGCAAAACUUCGUCGAACCAUCGGUGUUUCAAGAUGCUCGCGCCGAGGGCAAGCUGGUCACCGAUCCAGGCAGUCGGCGUCGCAUUGAAAUUCCGCCAAAUUUCACCGCAUCCGAUCGCGAAGAAGAGCAGCGCUUGAGCUACUUCCGCGAGGAUAUUGGCGUGAAUAGUCAUCACUGGCAUUGGCAUUUGGUGUACCCCGGCUCGGGACCCGAGGAGGUGGUACGCAAGGAUCGCCGUGGUGAAUUGUUCUAUUACAUGCAUCACCAGCUGAUGGCGCGUUACAAUGUGGAGCGUUUCUGUAAUAAUUUAGCCAAACUACAACCACUCAACAAUAUACGCGAACCCAUUAUCGAAGGUUACUUCCCGAAAAUUUUGAGCAGUCUCAACAAUCGCACCUAUCCAGGGCGUAUAGCAAACACAAAAUUGAAGGAUAUCGAUCGUGAUGGACGCGUAAUGGAGUUGGCCGAUAUUGAGCGCUGGAUCAAUCGUAUUGUACAGGCCAUCGAUCAGGGUUAUGUCACAGAUACAAGAGGCACCAACAUUCCGCUGGAUGAGAUCAAGGGCAUCGACUUACUAGGCGAUCUUAUGGAGUGCUCUGAUCUCUCCGUCAACCCCGGCUUCUAUGGNUUGGAACCGGUAUUUGCCGCACGUGAUGAUGGCAAAUCCAUACUAGACGUACCGGAUAGCUUCUAUACCGAGAACUACACCGAAGUAAAAGAAGACAUACAGAAUCGUUUCGGUGCGGAGGUCGAUGUGAAAAUACCCAUACGGGAAUUGAAGCAAAAGCCCAAUUUAGAGUUUGCCAAUGCGCUACGCAAACGCCAACAAUUCUCACUCUUCUAUCAACCACAUCGCCGUAUUGCCGGGCAGCUCAUUCAAUUGCUGAUUGAACCGCCCACCGAGGAGGAUUUCAUUUCGUUGGCCGCCUUUGUGAAAGAUCGCGUCAAUGCUUUCCUCUUUCAGUAUGCCUUUUCGGUGGCAGUACAGCAUCGCAAGGACACCGCUAACUUCCAGGUGCCGGUGAUUAGCGAACAAUUUCCGCAAAACUUCGUCGAACCAUCGGUGUUUCAAGAUGCUCGCGCCGAGGGCAAGCUGGUCACCGAUCCAGGCAGUCGGCGUCGCAUUGAAAUUCCGCCAAAUUUCACCGCAUCCGAUCGCGAAGAAGAGCAGCGCUUGAGCUACUUCCGCGAGGAUAUUGGCGUGAAUAGUCAUCACUGGCAUUGGCAUUUGGUGUACCCCGGCUCGGGACCCGAGGAGGUGGUACGCAAGGAUCGCCGUGGUGAAUUGUUCUAUUACAUGCAUCACCAGCUGAUGGCGCGUUACAAUGUGGAGCGUUUCUGUAAUAAUUUAGCCAAACUACAACCACUCAACAAUAUACGCGAACCCAUUAUCGAAGGUUACUUCCCGAAAAUUUUGAGCAGUCUCAACAAUCGCACCUAUCCGGGGCGUAUAGCAAACACAAAAUUGAAGGAUAUCGAUCGUGAUGGACGCGUAAUGGAGUUGGCCGAUAUUGAGCGCUGGAUCAAUCGUAUUGUACAGGCCAUCGAUCAGGGUUAUGUCACAGAUACAAGAGGCACCAACAUUCCGCUGGAUGAGAUCAAGGGCAUCGACUUACUAGGCGAUCUUAUGGAGUGCUCUGAUCUCUCCGUCAACCCCGGCUUCUAUGGCGAUCUGCACAAUCAAGGACACAAUUGCAUUUCAUUUUCUCACGACCCCGAUAAUCGGUUCUUAGAAGAUUUUGGCGUAAUGGGUGAUGUGACAACAGCUAUGCGUGAUCCGAUCUUCUAUCGUUGGCAUGGUUAUCUCGAUACGCUAUUCAAUCGCUUCAAGGAGAAGUUGCCAGUAUACAGCGAACCGGAGCUUGGCUACAAUGGCGUGUCGGUGACACGCGCUGAUGUGCGCAUCAUAAGUUCAUCAAAGAAUAUCAUCAACACACUGCUUACUUAUUGGGAAAAAUCCGAUGUGGACUUGGCCGCUGGACUGGACUUCGGGCCAGGCGGAAGUGUUUAUGCCUUGUUCAGACACUUGCAACACUCACCCUUCGAAUACUUAAUUGAGGUGAACAACGAGACAGGCACGGUUAAGCGUGGCACUUGUCGCAUAUUCCUCUGUCCCAUCACCGAUGAGCGUGGCACACCAUUAACCCUGAAUGAACAGCGUCAGCUAAGCAUAGAGUUGGACAAGUUCACUGUGAAUUUAAUGCCUGGCGUCAACAAAAUCACUCAGUCCUAUGAUAACUCCAGUGUUACUAUACCCUAUGAACGUUCCUUCCGUAGAUUAGACAAGGCCCAUUUACCUUCUGAUCCAAGCAAAUUGGCUGAAUUCCGUUUCUGCGGCUGUGGUUGGCCAGCGCAUAUGUUGCUGCCAAAGGGAAAACCUGAGGGCAUGCAAUUUGAACUAUUUGUAAUGAUUUCGAACUAUGACGAUGAUGCAGUGCUGCAGAGAAACGAUGCACCCGAUGUAUGCGGUGACGCUGCUUCAUUUUGCGGUCUGAAAGACAAAUUAUAUCCCGAUAAGCGUGCUAUGGGCUAUCCGUUCGAUAGACGCUUGCCGGCUGACACAUUGACGGCAUUGACUGAUCACUUCAGCAACAUGAAAAAGACGCCGGUACAGAUAAUCAACCGCAAUGAGGUUGUUGAAAGGAAGCGCACUUAGGCAAUUCCAUGGGACAUAAAUCUGAAUUGAAAAAAAGACUGGAAACGAUAAAGGAAUUUUAAACUGACAUAUUAUUAAAAUACUUAACUACCCACUUCAAAUACUUAUUACCUUUUACAAGAUAAAUUAAGCAAAAUGCCUUAUAUAUGUAUGUAUGUAUAUAUGCAUGUAUGUAUGAAUGUAUGUAAA